AAGUAAAAAAAGUUUACCAUGCAGGAACAGAGGUUCACGUCAAAGUGAGUUGCAAAAAAAAGUAACGGAUUGAAUUGGAUUCAACUGUCAAAGGAAGAGUCGGGAGACAUAAUCGUGCGAAAAUUUGUCCAAACGCGGGGAAAGCGGAGUAGAACUUUGUGAACCAUGUGAAAUUUCGUUCACGUUAUAGGACUUUUUUUUUGUUUCCUUGGUCCCUCACGAACCACCGCCCUUUCUUUUCCGCCUUAUUCUUCCUCAUGUUGAGAUCUGCUGUUCGCUCUGUUGGUUUAGCUGCCCGUGCUCUCCCCAAGAGAACUUUUACUUCUUCGGCUGUUGCUCGUAAUGUCGCUGGCAUUCCCGCUUCUCUUCAGGUGUUUACCGAGGAGGAAAUGAUGUUGAAAGAUGCUGUCUCCAAAUUCGCCCAGGAGGUCGUCAAGCCUAAAGUGUUGGCUAUGGACGAAAAAGAAUACAUGGACGAGACAAUUUUGAAGGGGUUGUUUGAUCAAGGCCUAAUGGGUAUUGAGACGGAGGAUGAAUAUCAAGGUUCCAACUGCUCCUUCACCUCGGCUAUUAUCACUAUCGAAGAACUGGCCAAGGUGGAUCCCUCCGUUUCCGUUCUUUGCGAUGUACAGAACACAUUGGUCGGCACGGUUGUCCGCAAAUACGGCAACAAGGAUAUCAAGUCUCGAUACCUGCCUCGAUUGGCUACAGAUACUGUUGGCAGUUUCUGUUUGUCCGAAGCCGGUUCUGGCUCCGAUGCGUUUGCCCUUCAAACACGUGCUGUUGAAAAGGAUGAUCACUAUGUGCUCAACGGUUCCAAGAUGUGGAUCACCAACUCCAAGGAAGCAGACAUCUUCUUGGUCUUUGCCAACGUCGAUCCUUCCAAGGGUUACAAGGGUAUCACAUGUUUCGUCGUUGAAAAAUCGAUGGGUGUGGAGAUUGCCAAGAAGGAAAGCAAGCUGGGUAUUCGCGCCUCCUCAACUUGCGUUUUGAACUUUGACGACGUCAAAGUACCCAAGGAGAAUGUUCUCGGUGAAGUGGGCAAGGGUUACAAGUAUGCUAUUGAAAUCUUGAACGAAGGUAGAAUCGGUAUUGCCGCGCAAAUGUUGGGUCUUGCUCAGGGUGCCUUUGACCUGGCUUUACCUUAUAUCAUGCAGCGCCAGCAAUUUGGUAAACCUGUUGGCGAAUUCCAAGGCAUGCAACAUCAGUAUGCUCAAAUUGCUAUGGAAAUUGAAGCUGCUCGUCUGUUGACUUACAAUGCUGCCCGCUUGAAGGAAGAAGGCAAGUCGUUCAUCAAGGAAGCUGCCAUGGCAAAGUUGUAUGCUUCGCAAAUUGCUGAAAAGGCUUCCAGCCGUGCCAUUGAAUGGUGUGGCGGUGUUGGAUUCACCCGUGAAAUGGGUGUGGAGAAAUUCUACAGAGAUGCCAAAAUCGGUGCUAUCUAUGAAGGUACCACCAACAUUCAGCUUCAAACGAUCGCCAAGAUUGUCUCUAGCCAAUAUAAAUAGACAAUUUCUUCUCAUUUGCUGUAAAUACAAGCCCUUUUUCUUCAUCCACCAACUUUUGUUUUUGUUCAACAGCCCUUUGUUUAUGAUACAUGGGCGUAGCCAUUAAUACCUGCGCUACGACUCUUUCUUAUCUUGCCAAUUUACUCAUUUACGGCGCUUUAUGUCAACCUUGUGAACAUCAGAAUACAACUGAGCAUAGCUAUCAU